GUCUGCUUUCGUAUUGUUUGCGAGUUUGCACAAAGAGACGAUGGCUGCUCGAAAAAUAGCUCAACAAAUAAAAUUUGGAUUUAGACAAAAUGUGGUCGUCGUGUGGACUCUGGUGUCUACAUGCUCUCCACGCCAUGAUGUUUGGAAAAUUUGUAGCCUGGGCCAGCCAUCAUAACUACAACAUGUGCAAGUUUUGCUUGUGCUGGACAUCAGCAACAAUCUCAACAAAAUCAUCGCUUGGGUAAACAACAUCCUUUGGAUUGGAGAAACUACCAAUGUCGUUCGAGUUAACCAAUCUCUUUCCUUCCUCUGUCUUUAAAUAUUCUCGUGUACGCCCAUGUGAGUGCAUGGGACUGUGGGUGUAUUCACGAGAACCCCAUUUUCCCGCCUGGUGGGAUUUUUAACUUUUCAGCGGAUGGAUGGAGCACUUUGAGAUGCCUUUCCGUUUUUCCCCAAACUUAAAGUAGGCGACAGAGUACAAUUAUUCCUAGGCGGUUGACUGCUGUGGAACUGCUUUUCUCUUGUGAACGUUGACUCUCAGUCAGAGUUCAUUAAAUAAUUCAUUGGCAGUAACGACUGCAGAUCAGACCCCCGCUAUUGUGUGUACUACCACCCAACAAAUCGAAUUCGAAAGAUAUUUGAUCGUCAAACACUCGAAGCCAAAAAGUACAACCAGAAAAUCGUGUGACCUUCCGACCAGCAGCACCUCCUCCUCGCCGUAUAGAAGUUGUCCACCCCCGAAAAUUUCGUUAGCAAAGAUCUGGUGGCCCUCCAACAGCAUUUUCAUCGAUUGAGUCGAGGCAUCACGAACGAAAAAGAAGAUUCGUGAGCCAAGAGAGACUCGUCAUCAUCCCCCACACUGGGUGGAAAAAGAGGGGUGGGGUGGGGUUAUAGUAAAUCUCUCCCCCCCUUUUCCCAUCCAUCGCUCCCAGUUUUCUUCUUCGAUCUAUAAAGAAAGAACGUGAUUUCGACUGCUUUUUAUUCAUAGCCUCAACUCUGCUCGACGUCCAUCCUCACAGAUGUACAUACAUACCGGCCCAGGGUGGGUGGGUGGGUAACUCUACAUCUUAAAAAUAUAACGAGGAAAAUUACACAUUUACCAAAUUUUUGGGAGGCGACAUUUCUGCCGGAAAAAAAGAAGAUAUCCAUCGAUGGCAUGGGCCGGCCAAAAGAAUAAAAAAAAAAGAACUGAAUUAUUGGGGAUAUCAAAUGGAGCGAAGAAAAAGAAGAGAACGAACGAACGAACGAACCAAAGACUUUUUUUUUAUAGAGAGUCAGCGCAUCUUUUUUCUUCCAUUCUGCUGCUGCGCAAUAUAACCGGGCGACGUGAGAGCAAGCGCGGGCAACCCCCCCUCCGGCCACUGGGCCAGUCACGGCCAGAGCCAAAGAGAUGUCUGAGCGUGUCUGUCUCUGUGUGUGUCUAGUUUCUCGAUAGAUAUUAACCCAGUGCGUGAGUGUCCCUUCCGAUGAGUUUGGGGGCUCAUCCGACGACGCUCGGAUCGACGCUCUUCGCAUCUCUCCCACCCGCCCGCUCGCCAGUCCCGCCGUUUAUUAGAUAACCGCUCCCCUACCCUGAACGAGGCUCCUGAGACUCCUGCCUACUACUACACCACUUUGAGAAUUUGACGCUGCUGCAGUUUAGUGGAAAUGGAGCCCUCCGGCAGCAGUGGGACGACAACUGGGCAGUGAUUAGUGAAAGUGCGUGAAUGUGUCAAUUCCGGCAGAAUGAUGAAACCGGAACAAGUGUCGGUGCGUUCUGUGAUAACAACCAGCAGCCUGGAACAACAACAACAACAACAACAACUGGAUGUUGACGCAAUUGCAGAGGUGAAUUUAUCGUGGAGGUGCCGGGAAUUGAUGGCGAGGCUGGCCAGCAGCAUCGAUUCUACUUCGUUACUAUUAGUGGACAAUAUCAACGAUCAGUCCUCCGCCGCCGCCGGCCCGUCGUCCGGCUUAAUAACACGAGCCCGUUCCUUGGGGCAUUGCCGCAGGUGAUGAUCUAUCGCCAACAAGCGCCCUCCAGAAAUUCCAAUUAACUGCCGGCCCGCAUAACAAAAACACACCCACCCACCCACCUCGUUUGUUUGUUUGUUUAUUGUCAGCCCAGCAGCAGGACGGACGGAAUAUCAUAAUUUUCACUCAGGGGCGUUGGCCGUUAGAUAGAAAACGAAUAUAUAAACAAAUGAUUAACAGUGCGACACCUGUGAAAUUCCGUUUCAAACGCCCUGGACAAUCAAAGUGAGCCGGGCCAGCAGUCGAGUUUGAGUGGCCGCCGGAUCCAGUCGGGUGUCGCGGUAAAAAUGGUGUCCAGGAAUUAUCGCCAUCGUCGGAUGAUGAUGGAUCAGCCGUGUCCAUCCGUGCCGGACGGACGUCAAUUAAUGUGGUUCAUCGUUUGGACGUUCCUGUGGCUGGCCGUCCUUCAGGUCGUUGGCCAGCAACAGCCCAUGCUGUCGACCAUUGGCUCGUCACCUUCCAACUCGCCGGGGGCAUCGAUCCAGUUGCCCGGCGACAUCAUCCUGGGCGGAUUGUUUCCCGUCCACGUCAAAGGCGAGAAGACGCCGUGCGGAUCGGCCGUCUACAACCGGGGCAUCCAGCGGCUGGAAGCGAUGCUCUUCGCCGUGGACAAGAUCAACCGUGAGGGCCGGCUCUUGCCCGGCAUCCGGCUGGGUGUCAACGUCGUCGACACUUGCUCCCGCGACACUUACGCCCUGAACCGAUCCCUGGAAUUCAUCAGGGCGUCACUCAACGCCAUGGAUCAUUCGUCCAGUAGUUUCAGUUCCGGCGGUGCUAGUGCUGGUGGCAAUCAGUUUGUUAGUUCGGCUUCCUUCCAGUGCCGUGACGGAUCGACGCCCAGGGACCGGAGGCCGCCCAGUCAGCAGAGCAAAGGAUUCGGUCCCGUUUUCGGCGUCGUCGGCGGCUCCUACAGUUCCGUCUCCAUCCAAGUGGCCAAUCUCUUGAGACUCUUCCGCAUUCCGCAAAUCUCGCCCGCCUCCACGGCCAAAGUACUCAGCGACAAGUCCAGAUUCGAAUUCUUCGCCCGCACAGUUCCGCCGGAUGAUUAUCAGGCUAUCACGUUGGUGGAUCUGGUGGAGCGAUUCAACUGGACUUACAUCUCGACGGUGGCCAGCGAAGGCUCUUACGGCGAGUCGGGCAUCGAAGUGUUCCACCGGGAGGCCGGCGCCCGCAACAUUUGCAUCGCCGUGGCCGAACGCGUUUCCUCGACGGCCGACGAGCGGGUCUUUGACGGAAUCAUCCGCAACCUCUACCGCAAACCAUUCGCCCGGGCCAUCGUCCUCUUCACCCGGGCAGACGACGCCAGGGGACUUUUAGCUGCUGCCAAACGGCUGUCCAUUACUUCGCACUUCAUUUGGGUGGCCAGCGACGGUUGGGGACGCCAGCACAAGCUGGUCGAAGGCCUGGAGGACGUGGCCGAAGGCGCCGUCACGGUGGAUCUCGAGUCGAAAAGCGUUCCGGGCUUUGACGACUACAUGCUGUCGCUGACUCCGCAAAACAACCAGCGCAAUCCGUGGUACGGCGACUAUUGGCAGGAGGUUCACGGCUGUUUACUACCCCACAAUCUCCAGCCGCAGUCGGACUCCUCGUCGGCGGCCAGCAGCGUCGAACAGCAGCAGUCGACGCUCCAGCAGCCGGGCAACAUUUCCAUCUGUCCGGCCGGAUUGCGGCUGACCCAUUUGGGCUACGAGCAGGACUCUAAGAUCCAGUUUGUCGUCGACGCCGUUUACGCCUUCGCUCACGCCAUUUCAGCUCUCCAGCGUGACGUCUGCUCCGGUUACAACACUUCUUCUUCUUCGGCUGGAUCAUCACAUCGUCGAGGCCAGCCGCACAACGGAGCCGGACAGCGUCACCAUCCGCCCGUUUACGGGGCCUGCCCACAGCUUUUGAGCUACGACGGAGGCGAUUUCUACACCAAAUAUCUCCUCAACGUUUCCUUCUUGGAUCCGGCCGGGAGUGAGGUGAAAUUCGAUGCCAGGGGCGACGGAUUGGCCCGUUACACCAUCAUGAAUUACCGACGACUUCCCAACAGCGCCAACAAUGGCUACGACUACAAGGAAGUUGGCAAAUGGUACAAUGAACUGGAACUGGAUCCGGCCGAAGUGAUCUGGACCCGCGAGCAAUCGGCCAUCCCAUCCAGCGUGUGUUCUCAGCCCUGCGGCGUCGGCCAAGUCAAAAUUACCCAGCAGGGGGAUACUUGCUGCUGGAGCUGCGACCGGUGCGAUCCUUGGGAGUACGUGGAGAACGAGUUCAAGUGCGCCGACUGCGGUCCGGGCAGGUGGCCGUACGACGACAAGCACGGCUGCUUCGACCUGGACAUGCAGUACAUGAGGUGGGACUCGCUCCUGGCCAUCGUGCCCGUCUGCGUCUCGUGCGGCGGAAUCCUCCUCACCGUCACCGUCAUCUCCAUUUUCAUCCGGCACAGUGAAACGCCCAUCGUCAAGGCUUCCGGACGUGAAUUGAGCUUCGUGCUGCUGGGCGGCAUUUUGCUCUGCUAUUUCAACACGUUCACUUUGCUGGCCAAACCGAUGGUGGUGACCUGCGCAAUCCAGCGGCUCUCGGUCGGCACGGGAUUCUCCAUCGUCUACGGCGCCCUCUUCACCAAAACCAACCGCAUUUCCCGCAUCUUCGACUCGGCUUCCCGCUCUGCCAAACGGCCCAGUUUCAUCAGCCCGAAAUCUCAGAUGGUCAUCACGUGGUGCAUCAUUUCAUUCCAGAUGCUGGGCACGGUCCUGUGGAUGUGGAUGGAACCACCGGGUAUAAGAGCGGCCUACCCUCAAAGAGACCAAACGAUCCUCAAGUGCCGCAUGGAGGACUCUUCUUUCCUGCUCAGCCAAGUCUUUAACGUCCUACUCAUCGCCGUCUGCACCGUUUACGCCGUCAAGACGCGAAAGAUUCCAGAAAAUUUCAACGAAUCCAAAUUCAUCGGAUUCACCAUGUACACGACUUGUAUCAUCUGGCUGGCCUUUCUGCCCAUCUAUUUCGGGACAGCAAACACCAACGAGAUUCAAAUAACGACGAUGUGUUUGACGAUCAGCCUCAGCGCCACGGUGGCGCUGGUGUGCCUGUACGUGCCCAAAGUGUACAUCAUCGUUUUCCAUCCGGACAAGAACGUCCGCAAACUCACCAUGACUGCCACCUACCGGAAAGCGCCCGUCCGACAGGGCACGGCCACCACCCCGACUGCCAACAAUAAAAAUCAUCACCCGGGCGUGGGAUAUUGUUGCGACUGCGGGCAGGAAUUCUCGACGGGCGGUGAGAAAGGGCGGCCGACGGCGGCGACCCAGCCAGAGUCGUCAUCACCGCAGCAGCAGCCGUCGUCCAACAAUCAGACGGGCAGCAACAACACGGGAGCGGCUCGCAUCAUAGUGGCUCCUGUGGACCAGGAGAACUCGUCCAUGUGCAACGAGUCGGCCGAGGAGACGGACACCAGCAAGAACAACACGCCAAUCCCAUCAAACCGGAGGCAGCACGUCGUUCACGUCGGACUCUCCUCCGACGGCCUACUGCUGGACGAUCACGAGAACGUGACGCUCCUCUGAAACUAAACCCAAUUGUUUGUUGACAUUAACCCACAAAAAAUUUAAAUUCUUUCUAUUAUAAAUAAUAAUUACAAUAAUAAUAAUAAUAUGACGUGACUAUUUGAAAAAAUGGAAGAAGAUUUUUGCUCACUAUGUCAUGUGCUGCUGCUACUGCUGCUGCCCUCGGUCCCCCUCCCCCGCUCCUUUUUAUUUAUGAAUUGACCCCACCCCAAAUUCACGACUAUCCACCACCCCUCACCCCCGCCGCCAUACAAAAUUCACGCGUGGUUGAAUCCAAUCGGAAUACCGCAGACAUCCUCUCAAUCUCAAUCUGUUCUCGCGAGAGAGCGGCGAUCGAUUUGUGUGUGUGUAUAGUCAACGAUCGAUCGCCGGAUGGAUGGAUCGACUUUUUUUUAUUUUCUCCCGCCCCGACUCCCGCCAAUGUACAUGUCCAGUUUUUGUUUUAUUAUUUUAUUUUAUUCAAAAUAAUUCCACGUCACGGUCAGCCGAUCGAUUUGCAUAUAUGAAUAUAAAAUUUUUUUUUUAGUUGUGUUUGUAAUUUUGAAAAACCAAAAGAAAAAUAAUGAUAUCAAAUUUGAAAUUGGCGCGCAAAUUUUCACGCCGUUGGAUUCGAUCAGUUUUAAACGCGAUCGAAUUCACAUGGAGAUGAUUUGAUGCCACUGCUGCCCCUCUCUUUUUGUCAUUAUAGAAAAUAUUAUAUAAAUAUAUUUGACUUGUAGAAUG